GAUGGGCACCCUCACAGAUAUCGUAGAGCUGCGAACGAGGAAGGGAUUCUCCGCUAACCAGUGAACCAUUUUUCUGUCGUCAAACGGAUCAAGCUUUUUGUGAGACUUGGAUCGAUCACAAAAAGCGGGAUUCGCUUUUCGCAUAGGAAUUGGCCUGACGAGGAGCCGGCACAUCAUUUUUUUCCACGCAGCUACGUCUCCCCGAAAAUCCGAGAUAGAAGAGGACGAAAUCGUAAAGGGCGCACGAGGACACUAAUUGACUCCUACAUGCAUCGUCGUUGUUCACUAAGAUGAAUACAGAUACCACAACAAUGGAGGAAAUGCAUCAACCACCGCAGGUCGGGCCUACUAACAUGAUGCCUGGUGUGGGUGGCGUUCCUAAUCAUUCUAAUAAUGCCAAUCGUCGUAAUAGAGUUCGUGUAUCAUUACAUGCCAUGAUGUUAGAGAAACUUCCAUUACACGAGGCGGCACGUUUAGAAAUGAAGUCGUUACCCAGCAAAACACCUGUCUCUGUUCUUCAGGAAUUGCUUUCCCGUAGAGGCACAAUACCCAAGUAUGAACUCGUCCAAAUCGAGGGAGCUAUUCACGAGCCUACGUUUCGAUAUAGAGUCACUGUUACCGAUGUCGUUGACCCAAUUGUUUCAGCAAUGGGGACCGGCAGAUCCAAGAAAGAAGCUAAACACGCUGCUGCAAAAUCUGUGUUGGAUAAAUUAAUUGGAGUGAAUACCGAUGGUGUAGAAUCGCCAAUUCCAAAUAGUUUACCCGACUCACAAAAUUUACAAGAACUGCAGACAUAUGGCGAGGAGAAAAUAGUGAAUAACCCAAUCGGAGCCUUACAAGAAAUGUGUAUGUCGCGCCACUGGCCACCACCAAAAUAUUCGAUGGAGGGUGAAGAAGGUUUACCUCAUGAGCGACAAUUUACUAUUGUUUGUUCAAUUCUAAAAUAUCGCGAAGUUGGUCAAGGCAAAAGUAAAAAGGUCGCCAAGAGGCACGCCGCUCAUAAGAUGUGGCAAGCUUUACAUGAAAUGAAUAACCAAGCUCCCAGCGUAGAUGAGGAUGAGAUUGUGCAAAGAAACGCAAAUGUGAACGCCCGUUAUGCCGAUCUGAAAGGUAGCAAAAUUUCAACACUGACAACAAUACAUAGUAUCCAAGUUUCGAAAUUUCACAAGAGUCUCAAGUCGUCCACAGGUGUUAAGCUUUUCCAACUGCAGAACACUUGUUUCAACGACGGGGAUGUAAAUUUGGUACAAUUUUUACAAGAAAUUGCGUCAGAGCAGCAGUUUGAAGUAACCUAUGUUGAUAUUGAAGAGAAAUCUAUCAGUGGUAAAUUCCAGUGCCUUGUGCAACUGUCUACCCUGCCAGUGGCAGUUUGCUAUGGUUGCGGGGCGACUAGUAAAGAUGCUCAAGCCAGUGCUGCUCAAAAUGCCCUGGAAUAUCUGAAAAUCAUGACCAAGAAGUGAGCCAGCGCUUUGCUCCUGCCAGU